UCUUCUCUCCUAUUCGCUGUAAAAGACCACCGCUAAUUCUCCGGAAAGUGAUUUGCUUGCAUCUGACAUUAUUCAACUGAUAAAUACCAACCUGGAUACGUCCUCGUGGUCAUUCGCUGUUACAUCGCCUUUGCCUUCUAUUCUCUUGACUCACGAUGCCUAGCCGGGACGAAGUCAAACAAGUUCUCGCGUUCUUGGACACCAACAAGAACGGCAAAGUAUCCGCAGACGAACUGAAGGCCUUCCUUGACAGCUCCAAGUGCACUUUGGACAAAGCAUUAGUGAAGAAGUUCCUCGACAGUCACGAUAAGAACAAGGAUGGAGAACUGGACCUUGACGAGCUGGCCUGCUGUUUGUCUGGCGCGUAGUCUGUAAGACUCCCUUUAUUUGCCUUACUGUGAAGUGGUUGUAUGCAUGUUUACUUCGUCAUAAUUAUCGAUACCGCUGUUUGUAAUGUUUUCUACGGGAAGUGGGUAUCUUUGGUGACAUUCCAGUUUUGACUCGCUUGAAUAAACGAAGUGAUGCUUC